ACGUGCCCACAGGGACGUGAUGAGGCUUUACAAACAUUGCUUCUGCAAGAAGGUAAAGGAAGUAGCUAAGCUAACAGUUUGACAUGAAUAAGCAGUUCACUUGGAGAUGUGCUUUCAAAGAAGCCAGCUACUGUUUUGAAACGUUUGAUAAUGUUGGUUUUAAUUGUCCAUACAUGGCUGGCUAGCUAGUUACAUAAGUUAACUGUUUGUUUUGCACACAUUGCCAAGGAAGACCCAAGUGCUCGCAGCUAACGUUAGCUUGCUCUGCAUGGCAUAUAACAACGUUAUUGUUAUUCUAACGUUAGCUCGCAAGUUACAGUACAGUAGGACCGAAGAUACUGCUGGUAGAACUAGCUAACGUUACUAGCUAGCUAGCAUCUUUCCUAAGGUGUAGCGGUGGUUCAGAUAGAAGACCAGGGAAGGUACAGGAAGUGACAGCCGUGGUUCAGAAAGAAGACCCGGAAAGGUACAGGAAGUGACAGUGCUUCCUUGUUGCCAUGGCGUCUGAGCUGCAGGAGGCGAUCUGCAUGGCCAAGCAGGAGCGUCACAAGAACCUGUUCCUCAACUACAGGAACCUGAACAACUUUCCGGUCGAGCUGCUGAAAGAUGAAGGACUACAGUUUCUACAGAGGCUUUAUAUGAAGAGGAACUCUCUCACCACGCUGCCGGAUAAUCUAGCACAGAAGCUCCCCAACUUAAUAGAGCUGUAUCUGCAUUCCAACAAUAUAACCUGUGUUCCUGAAGCUAUAGGUAACCUGUCCAGGCUGCAGUCUUUAGACCUGAGUGACAACGCUCUGCAAGUCAUCUGUCCAGAGAUCGGCAGGCUGAGGUCCUUACGACACCUGAGACUGGCCAACAACCAGCUGAAAUACCUGCCUCCAGAGAUUGGAGCCCUGUGUGACCUAGAGACCCUGGAUGUCAGUAGGAAUGUGUUGGUGUGUCUCCCAGAGCGGCUGCACCAGUGUCUGUCUCUCCAGUGUCUCACUGCUGACAGGAACAACCUGACCAGCUUCCCCAGACAGCUCUGCCAACUCCACAGCCUCAACGAGCUCAGUAUGGCUGCUAACCAACUCACCUCUCUACCCCUAGAUUUGGGUCGUUCCAGAGAGCUGCAGUUUGUGUUUGUUGACAACAACGUCCAUCUCAAAGGCCUUCCUUCAUACCUGUACAACAAGGUGAUUGGCUGCAGCGGGUGUGGUUUGCCAGGGCAGGUGUCUGAUCGGGUGCCCCAGCCUCUGUCUCUGUCUCUGGGAGAUGUGUCUCUCCCUUUGCCUGCUGAGGUGAAAGCUAUAGGCUCAGAGACGGAGCGAGUGGGCCCCCUGGAGGAGCUCGCCAUGAGGGCCCUGCACAGCAUGUACAGGCAACAGCCAAUCAGAGAGCGGAGUCUGCUGCCGCCCUUCCUGUUACCCAGAAGCCUUCUGGACCUGCUCCAAUGCCCCCUGGGACAUUGUCACCGCUGCAGUCAGCCCAUGUUUACCAUCAUCUACCCCAAACUGUUCCCUCUCAGAGAGACCGCUCUGGCUGGGGUACACCGCAGAACCACAGUGAGUUUCGUGGCCUACUGCUGUUCCAGUCAGUGUGUUCAGACAUUUGAUCUGCAGCAAUGACAUCAUGGUGCCUUCACCUCUUCCUCUCCCCUUCGGUCAUCAUCUCCUCCUCUGGUCUCCUGGAUGAAUGAAUGAAGGACUGUGGGAGUCCUGAACGUCUCAGGAGGACAUGCAUAGCCUCUGGACUGGUGGACAUGAGGAACUGAAGAUCUCAGGAGGACAUGCAUAGCCUCUGGACUGGUGGACAUGAGGAACUGACCAUCUCAGGAGGACAUGCAUAGCCUCUGGACUGGUGGACAUGAGGAACUGAAGGUGUCAGGAGGACAUGCAGAGCCUCUGGACUGGUGGACAUGAGGAACUGAAGGUCUCAGGAGGACAUGCAUAGCCUCUGGACUGGCGGACAUGAGGAACUGAAGGUCUCAGGAGGACAUGCAGAGCCUCUGGACUGGUGGACAUGAGGAACUGAAGGUCUCAGGAGGACAUGCAUAGCCUCUGGACUGGUGGACAUGAGGAACUGACCAUCUCAGGAGGACAUGCAUAGCCUCUGGACUGGUGGACAUGAGGAACUGAAGGUGUCAGGAGUACAUGCAUAGCCUCUGGACUGGUGGACAUGAGGAACUGAAGGUCUCAGGAGGUCAUGCAGAGCCUCAGCAGCCUGUGACCAGUCCAGCAGUCUGUAAUGGGCAUGGACGGUCCAAUUGAAAGACGGACAAUAUUGGUAUUAAUAAUCCACAUCUUGACAUAUCAUCUACUGUCCAACGACUAACAUCUCUUAAUACAGCAUCAUUCUACUAAUGGUUUGUUUCUGGUUUCAGUUUGUUCCAGCAGCAACUCAGAGCGUGUCGGUAUUUACUGGUGUGAACUAGCUGCUCUGUUCACCAGCCAAAUUUUCACCUGACAGACGCAUCACAAUAACAAGAAGUGGCGAGUGUUUUUGUCUUUGUAGAGGAGAAUCUAUUCUGAUCAUUUCUAUGGAUUUUUACAUGACACUGGUUGACAAAAAGUGUUUGAAGAAUGUCACUUCGGCCGUAUCGCAUGAUAUUUGUUCUAAACCUGUUCUAAAUAUGUAAUACUGGUAGGUGUGUUGCCCCUCACUCCAGCCUGAAGGACUUUGACAAGAUAAUAGACACAUUAGUUAUUGGGCGUUUCUUUUCCUGUAGACACAUCAGACUCUAAGACCUCUGACAAGUUUUUAAACUUUACAAAAUUGGUCUUUGAGGGUAAACAAUUGUUUUUGUUUGCAAAAUAAGGUUAACUUCUGAAACAGUCUGGUAACCUGAAUGUUUAUGAAGGAUGUAAAACCAACUUUGUUUCCAUUCAGUUUGAUUGUGACUCAAAGCAACGCUUUGGUUCUUCAGCUGAAAACCAAAGGAACUGAAGCUCAUAACAGAAGUGUUUGGGCCCUACCGGACCAGACUUGCCAAUCCUGGCUGUAGGUCCAUGCAGCAGACUCUCUGUCUUGGCUAGACGGACUGAGAGACUGGGAUAGGAGGCAGCAGACUCUCUGUCUUGGCUAGACGGACUGAGAGACUGGUAUAGGAGGCAGCAGACUCUCUGUCUUGGCUAGACGGACUGAGAGACUGGGAUAGGAGGCAGCAGACUCUCUGUCUUGGCUAGACGGACUGAGAGACUGGGAUAGGAGGCAGCAGAUCUCUAUGGCUGUGUCUGAAGUGUCAACUUAUUCCCUAUAUAGUGCACUACUUUAGACCAGAGCUCAUAGGGAAUAGAAUGUAACCCAGAGACGGCCCAUAUUAACAUGUGUAGAAUGUAACCCAGAGACGGCCCAUAUUAACAUGUGUAGAAUGUAACCCAGAGACGGCCCAUAUUAACAUGUGUAGAAUGUAACCCAGAGACGGCCCAUAUUAACAUGUGUAGAAUGUAACCCAGAGACGGCCCAUAUUAACAUGUGUAGAAUGUAACCCAGAGACGGCCCAUAUUAACAUGUGUAGAAUGUAACCCAGAGACAUGAAAACAGAACCUACAUUUAGUGGUGAGAAUGUUGAGACCCCGCCAGGGUUCUGUCGAGGGUUGAGACCCCGCCAGGGUUCUGUCGAGGGUUGAGACCCCGCCAGGGUUCUGUCGAGGGUUGAGACCCGCCAGGGUUCUGUCGAGGGUUGAGACCCCGCCAGGGUUCUGUCGAGGGUUGAGACUCCGCCAGGGUUCUGUCGAGGGUUGAGACUCCGCCAGGGUUCUGUCGAGGGUUGAGACUCCGCCAGGGUUCUGUCGAGGGUUGAGACUCCGCCAGGGUUCUGUCGAGGGUUGAGACUCCACCAUGAAUGUCUGAAUCUCACAACUCAAGAGGAAUGGUGAACAAAAUGAUAAUUUACCUCAUCCCAAAUGGCCCCCUUUUCCCCAUGGGCCCUGGUCUAAAGUAGUGCACUGUGUAGGGAAUAAGAUGCAUCUUGAGACACAACCAGUAUGUGACAUUGAAUUAUAAAACCAGCAGCAAGAUGUCUAGAUGAGGAUUGGGUCUAUUGCCACUUUAUUUGUUUGGCUUUCUAAUGUUUAUUACAUUGUUAGAUAGUUAUUAUUAUAACAUUGUUAUAACUGUGAAUAUGAUUACUAUAUUGUAUAAUUUGUAAUCAAUUACUUUUAUUUUAAUGUCUGACAUUUUGGCAAUAAACAGUGUUUAACUUGA